CAGUCGCAGUCUCAGCUGUCAGGCGUCUGGCAAAGCUGUGCUUAGUCAAAUUUCGGUAACGGAACCUGCUCGUCAUCGCUAGCGCCGAAGUAAACGUAGACGCCGACGUCGUAUAGCCGACACGAACACAAAGCGAACCGAAUCGGAGUUGAAGCGACGCGACGCGACGUCGACGUCGCUGCCCAGUUGCCAUUCGAGCCUCUGUCGCGCUCGACUUCGCUGCAAGGAAUAUAAUUGUAAUCAGUUGUGUAUAGGACACACGCGUGUGCGCAUCGACUGGUCCCUUUCUAACGAAAUCGUCAACAUUCCGCUAACGGAAACUGUGCUGCUUGGCGCAGCAGCAAAGAGAGAAAAUUACAAUGUGUGUGCGUGCGGCUUGGAUAGCAGAGUAAAAAUGAGUGACAAGUUGGCAAAAACCAAAAAUGAACAAAAGUGUGCGCAACUAUGCAAAUAAAUUAAUAAGCCAAACUCAUUACCAAAUUAAAAUAAGACACGCAAAUGCUGAAGGCGGGCAGCCAGAAAAAAAUUAAACAAAUAAAGGAAGAGUCACCACGAGGACCUUGUCAAGUGCGUUGAGUCGCGUCGAGUCGAGUCGAGUGUGGAAAGUCAAGAGGUUCUGGGUUCGGAGUGUCAGAGCUGCUGGCAUGCUUUGGGGCUAACUCGUCCAACGUGCUCGUCCUCGCCCUCGUCGCCCCCGUCGUCCUCGCUAUCCUCGUCGUCAUCACCGCCAAAGACAUCGAAGCGAUGCUUGCCUCAUUAGCGACUUAGCGCCCGACAUCCCCCCGCUGCAGUAAGGUAACGAAAGAGGAAGCCGAAACUAAAACCAAAAACCCAAACCAAAACCAAGCCAGAAGCAAGAAGAAAAGAAAAGCCUGCUCUACAAGGAUAUGCAUAAAAUGGCUCAACAGCCAGCGAGUUCAGUUAAUGAGUUGGCCUUUAUGGGCAUAUAAAAAGCAAAAUUGAUAUUAUGCUGAGGCUGAGCCUAUAAAUAAACACAACAAAUUAAAAUUAAUAAGCAACAGAGCUUGAAUUGCAUAGCAACAGGAGCAGCAGCAGCAGCAGCAGAGGCAGAGGCAGCAGGAGUAGCUCCAGCAUUCGCAUUCGCAUUAACAUUAACAUUUAGAUUAAUAACCAUGGCAUCUCCGCCGGAAAGUCCCAUCGAGGAGGUGGUCUAUGAGUUGGAACACACACGCGUGCCUAAGCCCAUUCCGGUCGCUCUCGAGGACUUGUGCCGUCAGACCAAGUUCACCAAGCAGGAGAUUCGCGUCAUGUACAGAGGAUUUAAAACGGAAUGUCCGGAGGGUGUGGUGCACGAGGAUUGUUUUAAGGAUAUUUAUGCCAAGUUCUUUCCGCAUGGCAAUUCCAGUUUAUAUGCUCAUUAUGUGUUCAAAGCCUUCGACGUUAAUUGCAACGGCGCCAUUAGUUUUCGGGAUUUAUUGGUCACUUUGUCCACGCUGUUACGCGGCUCCGUUUAUGAGCGUCUGCGCUGGACCUUCAAGUUAUACGACCUCAAUGGCGACGGCCGCAUAAGUCGCGGGGAGCUGAGUGAAAUCGUUCUGGCCAUACACGAGCUUAUGGGCAGAAGAGCUCACCAGCCCGAGGACGAUCGCAAGGCCAGAGAUCAGGUGGAUCGAGUUUUUCGCAAAUUGGAUUUGAAUCAGGAUGGCAUCAUAACGAUAGAAGAGUUUCUGGAGGCAUGCCUGAAGGACGAUUUGGUGACACGCUCAUUGCAGAUGUUCGACACUGACCUUUGAUGACAAGAGGAACCAGAGAUCCGAAAUACAAGGACUAUAAUACCGCUUAUAGAUCUAUAAAUUAUUGUUUUGGAUUGAACAGUCGACAGGAGACAUAGAGCGACAGAGACAUACGCUGAAAAGAAACAACAUAUUAGUAUAUAAUAUUAUUUCUAGGCAAUAAUAUCGAACGAACAGCAA